UUAGACGAUUGAAAUGGUAGUCACAGUUGUAAUAGUAGUUAUCUCAGCUCCCACGUCUUCGACUUCAACAGAAAAUCCAAUCCACAAAGUUCAGUCUCUUUUCUUCUAAAUCGCAGAGUCUCAGCCUCACCCCCAUGAAUUCCACAAUCUGCAAGCCCACAAUUUCUCCUCUUCACCCAUCCUCAUUGUUCCCACAGAUCACACUCUGCAAAACCAUCAGAGACCUAAAGCAAGUCCAUGCCCACAUGAUCAAGACCGCCCAAAUCCACGACCCUCUGGCCGCAGCUGAAGUCCUCAGAUUCUGUGCGCUUUCAAAUGACCGCAAUGUCGAAUACGCACGGAAGGUUUUCGACCAGAUGCGCCAACCCAAUUGCUUUUCGUGGAACACCAUAAUCAGAGGUCUUUCUGAGAGCAAUGAUGAUGACAAUCUAUUGGCCUUUUUUUUGUUCUGUCGAAUGGUUUGUGAUGGUUUUGUGCAACCCAAUCAGUUUACGUUUCCUUCUGUGUUGAAAGUCUGUGCUCGAACGGCGAGGAUUAGAGAAGGGAAGCAAGUUCAUGGGCUGGUUGUGAAGUAUGGAUUGGAUAGUGAUGAGUUUGUGGUUAGCAAUCUUGUUAGGUUGUAUGUAAUGUGUGGGAUUAUCGAGGAUGCCCAUGUAUUGUUCCAUAGGAAUGUGAUUGAAUUUGGUAAAGGGGAUGCAGUUAUGACGAAUAAGAGAAGGGAUGAGGGUAUGGUAGUUUUGUGGAAUGUUAUGGUUGAUGGGUAUGUGAGACUUGGGAUGUUUGGUGCUGUUAGGGAGUUGUUUGAUAGAAUGCCUCAAAGAAGUGUGGUGUCUUGGAAUGUGAUGAUAUCCGGCUAUGCGCAGAAUGGGUUUUUUAAGGAGGCAAUAGAGAUGUUUCGUGAGAUGCAGAUGGAAGAUGUAUACCCAAAUUAUGUGACAUUGGUUAGUGUUCUGCCGGCGAUUUCACGUCUUGGAGCACUUGAACUGGGGAAAUGGGUUCACUUGUAUGCAGAGAAGAAAGAGAUUGACAUUGAUGAUGUGCUUGGUUCUGCUUUGGUUGAUAUGUAUUCAAAGUGUGGGAGCAUUGAGGAGGCGCUUCAAGUUUUUGAGAGGUUGCCGAAAAAGAACGCAAUCACUUGGAGUGCAGUGAUCGGGGGGCUUGCAAUGCAUGGGAAAGCAAAUGAUGCGAUUGAUUAUUUUUCAAGGAUGGACAGAGCUGGAGUUACACCUAGUGAUGUUACUUAUAUUGGGGUGCUGAGUGCAUGUAGCCAUGCUGGCUUGGUGGACGAGGGAAAGUACUUUUUCAACCACAUGGUUAAGGUAGUUGGUUUAGAAGCUAGAAUUGAUCAUUACGGGUGUAUGGUUGAUCUAUUCGGUCGUGCUGGACUUUUAGAAGAAGCUGAAAAGCUUAUAUUAAACAUACCAAUUAAGCCUGAUGAUGUGAUAUGGAAGGCCUUGCUUGGUGCAUGUAAGAUGUAUGGAAACAUGGAGAUGGGAAAACGAGUAGCAGAAAAGCUGAUGGAUAUGGCUCCUAAUGAUAGUGGAUCCUACGUGGCUCUCUCAAAUAUUUAUGCCUCUUCAGGAAAUUGGGAGUCAGUUGCAGAGGUGAGGUUGACAAUGAAGAAGAUGGACAUACAGAAAGACCCUGGGUGCAGUUGGAUUGAGCUUGAUGGAGAAAUUCAUGAGUUUCUGGUAGAAGAUGACUCCCAUCAUAGAGCCAAAGAAAUACUUGCCAUGUUGGAGGAAAUUUCUAACCAAUUGAAGUUGAUAGGCUAUAGACCAAACACUGCACAAGUCUUGCUCAACAUGGAUGAAGAAGAGAAAGAAGGUGCCUUACACUAUCACAGCGAGAAGAUUGCAGUUGCCUUUGGCUUAAUCAGUACAAGCCCUCAUUCGCCACUUCGGAUAGUUAAGAACCUACGUGUCUGUGAAGACUGUCACUCGUCAAUGAAACUAAUCUCAAAAAUUUAUAAACGCAAGAUUAUUGUGCGUGACCGGAAGCGCUUUCACCAUUUUGAGGAUGGGUCUUGUUCAUGUGGGGAUUAUUGGUAAUUUUUCAAUUAUAGGUGCAUAAUUGGCAGCCUCUGGUGCAGUUGUAAAUAUGAAUGAAUCAAAAUUUUAGGAAAAACAAAGUCAUACAAAUGCAUUUAAA